AUGAAUUCACUCGCAUCAAUCCUCUAUUCAUCAUCACCAGCAAAUACAAAGAAGCGAAAGAAUCUAUCUUUCCAACCUCUCCCUACCAAAUCAUCUCGAUGUCAAGUUGGCAUGUUAUUCCGUUCAUCAACACCGAAAGCAUCGUUACAACCACGAAUAACAACGGCAACAGUAGCAGAUCAUCCAACGACACUGUCCAUUUCGUCAUCUGCAGUAUCAUCAGCAAUGUCCUCUCCUCAAAGUCCACGCUGUUCAACACCGGUAUUUGCAAAACAGAGACGCACACGUCCAUUUAUUGCCUGUGAAUUGUGUCGGCAACGUGCAUUUCAAUCCGUAAAUACCGAUAACCAAAAACAGAAGGAAAGUAGCGUGAAAAAGAAAACCUCGAAAGAACCAAGUCCUCAUCGCCAUUAUCACCAUUCAGCUACACUACAAUAUUAUCAAUAUCAAACCAACACGAGUAGCAGUCUUCGACGAAGACGACGACAACGCUCAUCCGUUGACCAACUACUCGUGUGGAUUGUCUAA